GAUCGCCAUCCAUAAAAGAAGAAAAAAAAACAAAUCCGGGUAUUGCAGUGGUUGAAGUGAAAAUGAUGAAGACCGAAAUAAUAUCAUUUAUUGUGGGUUUGACGAUUUUAAUAAAUGUUUUUGCUGUGGAAGUGUCGGAGCAACAACCCAAGGUCUCUUAUGGCAGUGCUAAAGUUGAAUACGAACAAUUGACGAAAGAAAUUAAAGAAAUCGAUCGUCAAUUAGAAAAAACCAGGAGAAUACAAUGUUACAAUCCCUUCCAAAAAAUGGUGGCAUUUUUUUUGAACAUUUUUCCGCUUCCUAAACAUAUGCAGGACGGUUUUUUCGUGAAAGAGAAACAAUGUGUUAAUCAUCAGCAAGGUCAAUUCCGUAAACUAUCGGAGAAGGUGAAAAUAAAGAAAGACCGUGUUGAGGAAGCAUUAGCAACAAUGAAAUCAUUGCACCCACUGCAAGAGAAGACCUUGAACGAGAAAUCACAUAAAAUUAAUCAAACGACACAGUAAAUAAUGAGAAAAUCUCCAUUGUUGUUAUGUUAUUCCUGUGAAUGUUUGUUUAUUAUUACUAAUAAUAGGAUAUCAGCACCUCAUUGAAUUUAUUUUAUGUAAUUGCAAUGUUUUUUUCUGCAACCCAAGUAAAGCUGGAUCAUAAAAAUCGAA